AUGGUGAACUUGAACUGCCAUUCUCUACUAUUCCUCCUAACCAUAUCCUUCCUUUACCCAUCUCUCUCAGUCUCAGCCUCAGGCUCAGCAACCUCUGGUCAGAGAAUUAUUGCCUCUUGUCUUAACCAUCAUAAUAUAACCAACUACACCACCUUCUUCAACGUACAAAAUCAUCACUACUCUUCACUCUACUAUAACCUUCUCAAUUUUUCCAUUCAAAAUCUUCGCUUUGCUGAACCCACCAUUCCUAAGCCCAUAGCUAUUAUCUUGCCGGAGAGUAAGGAGCAGCUUAUCAGUACUGUCUUGUGUUGUUCUGAAGGGCCAUGGGAGAUUAGAGUAAGGUGCGGUGGUCAUAGCUAUGAGGGUACUUCGUCGGUAGGCAGUGAUGGAGCUCCAUUUGUGAUCAUAGACAUGAUGAAUCUGAACCAUGCUUCGGUGGAUUUGGAAACCGAAACAGCGUGGGUUGAAGGUGGUGCAACUCUUGGUGAGACAUACCACGCUAUUGCUGAGUCAAGUAGCAUUCAUGGCUUCUCUGCUGGAUCCUGUCCAACAGUGGGGGCUGGAGGCCAUAUUAGCGGUGGUGGCUUUGGGUUUUUAUCAAGGAAAUAUGGUUUAGCAGCUGAUAAUGUGAUCGAUGCUCUCCUCCUCAACGCAGAUGGUGAAUUAUUAGACAGGCAAGCAAUGGGAGAAGAAGUUUUCUGGGCAAUUAGAGGGGGUGGCGGCGGCGUAUGGGGAAUCAUUUACGCAUGGAAAAUCCAGUUGUUGAAAGUACCAAAGACUGUAACCAGCUUCAUUGUGUCUAGACCUGGCACGAAAGCCCAUGUAGCCAAGUUAGUAAACAAGUGGCAACACGUUGCUCCCUACUUAGAAGGCGACAUUUAUUUAUCAUGCUUUGUGGGUGCUGGCCUACCAGAAACAAAGGCUAUAGGCUUGUCAGCAACAUUUAACGGCUUCUUCCUAGGUCCAAGAAGAGAAGCUCUUUCAAUCCUACGUCGGAUGUUUCCCGAAUUGGGUGUUGCGGAACAAGAUUGCAAGGAAAUGAGUUGGAUCGAAUCAGUGUUAUACUUCUCUGGCCUAGGCGAUGGGGCCACAAUGUCCGACCUCAAGAACAGGUAUGUGAAGGACAAGCAUUAUUUCAAGGCCAAAUCAGACUACGUUAGGAGCCCAAUAUCUCCAACGGGUAUAGGGUCUGCCCUGAACAUACUUGAAAAGGAACCCAAAGGGUAUGUAGUGUUGGAUCCUUAUGGUGGCAUGAUGAACGAGAUAAGCAGCGAGUCAAUUCCUUUCCCUCACAGAAAAGGUAAUUUGUAUACAAUACAAUACCUAGUGGAGUGGCAGGAUCAAGAUAAAAACAAAAGCAAUGACUAUAUAGAAUGGAUAAGAGGACUCUAUGAUGCAAUGGCAGGCCAUGUUUCAAGGGGUCCAAGGGCAGCUUAUAUAAAUUACAUGGACUUUGACCUUGGAGUUAUGGAAUUAAUUAAUGCUAGUACCCCAUCUGAAGAUGCCGUCGAGGUAGCUAGAGCUUGGGGUGAAAAGUACUUCUUGAACAACUACGAUAGGUUGGUUAAAGCCAAGACACUGAUUGAUCCAAACAACGUUUUCAAAAAUGAACAGGGGAUUCCUCCCGCCACCACAGUUGGUUUCAAGGCAAGUAGUUUCUAG